AUGACCGUGACCCUGUAUGCUGCAAAAUUUGAAGAACUAGCCUGUUACGCAACUAGAUUUGUAGCAAAUAAUGAAGAGAAGGCAAGGAUGUUCGAGUGGGGGUUGGACCUUACAAUGAGGGGAAGAGUUCUUCCACAACGACUCCCUACAUUUACUGAGGUGCUGGAUACGGCGUUAGAGUCUGAGAGGGAAGUAACAGAUGCUAGAAAGGCUUGGAACAAGAGGAGAGGGAUUCAGACAUCUGUUGGACCUCAGAGGAACCAAAAAGGAAACAUGACGCCAAAGUCCUACUCCAGACCACAACCACGACAGCAACAGAUCCAGAGAGGAGGCUAUCAACAAAGGCCGAUGGGACAAAUCCAGUGCUUUCAUUGCCAACAAUUAGGGCACAAAAAGAGCGAAUGCCCCCAACUCCCUCCAUCUAGGUACCAAAGAGGAGGUUCCGGAGCAAAUGCCCAGGCAUUAGGUGGGCAGAAGCCUUGGACGAACAAGUCAGGAUCGAUUGGACUGCAGCACCAGAAGAAUGGGGGAACUCAAAACACUAAGACCAGUGGCAACCAGAAGGCAACCGGCAGAGUCUUUGCCUUGCAAGAGAAAGAAGCAGACCCGUCUAUUAUUGAGGGUAAUUUAGUAUUAUACAAUUCUUGGGUGCAUGUUUUAUUUGAUACUGGUGUAUCACAUUCCUUUAUAUCCUCUGCUUGCGCUCAGUCAUUAGGACUUGUAUGUGAACCCUUAGAAACUGCCUUAAAUGUAAUGUCACCUAUGGGAGGAUGCAUUUGGAUAGGAUUGAUCUGUAAGGACUGUAAGAUAGGAAUGUCAAACCUACACUUAACGUGCGACCUUCGUGCCAUGGAAAUGUCAGACUUCGAUAUUAUUUUGGGCAUGAACUGGUUGUCUGCCCACCGAGCAGUGAUCAACUGUCAUCAGAGGAAAGUGGUAGCUCACACACUCGAUGGGACUCGUUUCCAGUUUAAGGGGGAUAGACAAGACCCCAUGGCUUCAACAAAACAUAGGAUGCAGUGGUGCGAUCAAAUUGCGGGUAGGAUAACAAGUCUGAUUUUGAAUGAGGAAGGCCAAGGAGAAUUAGAACUUCUGUGCAUAGUAUGUGAAUAUGCAGAUGUAUUUCCUACAGAGUUAACGGGAUUGCCACCGACCUAG